GCCCGCCCACCGCAACAAUGAGCAGUAGCGCGAGCGGCAGCGGCAAUAGCAACAGCAGCGGCGUGGGCGACGACGCCGGCUCCAUCGUGUUCACGAGCGCCCCCAAGACCGUGGCCUCAGACAGCGGCGACUCGUGCACGUGGUACGCGGGCGGCAUCUGCUCGCGCCCGCGCUCGUGCUCGGACUGCCUGAACGUUGCCAUCCCGGGCCAAGACUGCGCCGUGAGUCCCUAUGGCGAGUGUAUGAACUCGUACAUGUUAUCGAGUGUGGGGGGAUACCCCAUGGCCAACUUCACGUACUGCUCCUCGGACGACGCCGUGUGCUCAGCCUGUCGAGCCAACUGGACCAGCGACUACAACGCCGGAGCGUACAUGGACUCCACCGCCACUUGUGUCGGCACCAACGGGUGCAUUUGCAUCGCCUCGUGCGAGUUGCCCGACCGGGACGACACCAUCGUCAACAACUGGUGCAUCCCGGCGCUGAACGGCUCCCAGUUCCGGCUGGUGGCGGGACUCAUCGCCGGCACCAUCGCGCUCUUCAUCGUGGCCACAGUCGUCACCAAGCGGCAACUGGCCCGUCGCCAGAGACAAGAUGCAGUGGACCGGGAGGCGCGCAAUGCCGCCCGCGCGGCUCUAAGGGAGGCCCGACGCCCCGCCGCGUCGGCUCACUUGCCGCAGUUGAGUCUGUCGGGCUGGGCCGACAUGCGCGAGAAGCUGGUGACCAGCGAGCAGGCCCAGCUGGCGGGUGGCAGCGCGGCAAACAAACCCACGCUGGCCAGGACCAGCACGACGCCGCCGGCUGCGAUCGUCGAAGAAGGCGACGGGUACCGCCCCAUGUCCCCCAGUGAGCACCCGCCGCGCCGGGAAUUGUAAGAUAUUGUCCGGCUUUGAGCAGCAUGUUUAU